AUGUAUUUCCAAAUUGCGUUAUCUAUUUUGAUUCUCUAUGCUCAAGCAAAAGAAGAAAAUGAUUUACAUGUAGUAUUUGAUAAAAAUUCAAAACAAUUCUUUGAAAAGAAUGAAAUAUCCAUGAUCUUCUUCUACACUCCUCAAUGUGGUCAUUGUGAAAGAUUCUAACCUGAAGUUGAAAAAGCAGCUAAAUAAUUAAAAGAAGAAGGCUUUGUCUUUGCCAAAGUUGAUGGUCAUAAUUACAAAGACAUUGCAAAACAAUUUGAAGUCAAUGGAUUUCCUUCUGUGAUCUUAUCUUAAGAUCAUGGCAAUAAAUACAAGAAAUUUGAAGGACCCAGAACUAGUGAUAGUGUUAUUAUGUGGAUGUAUGAAUAACUUAAUGAAGGUACUAAAGAAUUGAAAACCAUUUAAUAAAUCAAAGACCAGAUAACUUAAAGUCAAUUAAUGUUUCUCUAUAUGGCUGAAAAUUAAGAAGAUAGAGGUUUCAAAAGAUACAAGGAUUAUAGUCAUGCAUAUGGAAAUUUGGAAUUUUAUCAUACUUUCUUAGAAAACGUAUAAUAAGAAUUAGGUUUUGGUCCUACUGAUUCCUUAGUGGCCUAUAAGAAAUAUGAUAAAUCUCCUGUUGUUUAUUAACCUAAAUAGAUCAAGGUUUCUGAUUUAAAGGCCUUUAUUGAAACCAAUUAAUUUUAGAGACUCUAAGAAUAUAAUGAAGAUGUUGCAAAGAAGAUAUUCAAAUAAGACAGAUCUACACUAAUAUUAUUAGUAGAUGAAACAUAAAUGAAAGAUAGAAAUGCUCAUGAUGCACUUAAAUCUAUUAGUCUUGAUCAUCCUCAUGAAGAUCAUUUAUUAUUUAUUAAAUGUAGUGUCACUAAUCAAUUGUUCCCAGAACUCUAAAAAUAAAUAGGUGAUUUCAAUGGAACACCAGCCUUAUUUGGUUUACAAAAGUAUGGAGUUUAUAAGUAUAAAUUCAAUUAAGCAUUUACUAAACAGAAUAUUGAUUAAUUUAUUCUUGAUUUCAAAAAUGGAAAAGCACAAAAGCAUUAUAAAUCAUAAAAAUUGGAUAAUCCAAAUUAUACACAAAAUGUUGAAAUACUCACAGGUAAUUCAUAUUAAAGAGUUAUAAAUUCAUCUGAAGAUUGGGUUAUUUUCUAUUAUAAUUCAUAUGACUCUGAACAGUAAUUAAUAUAUUUUAUUAUAGUGUAUCCCUUUUACCUGAAUUUGCUGAAGUAGCUAAGUUGAUCACCUAAAUUAGUAAAGUCAAAUUUGCUAUUGCAGAUGUGACUCAAAAUGAAUACAGUGAUUUCUCAGACCCAACUGAUAUCUAUAAGAUUAGAAUAUAUAAAGGAAAUAAGAAUUACACCAAAUUUAUUCAAAAAGUUAAUAAAAUUCAAAGGGAUAGAUUGAUAACCUUUAUUAAGGAACAUUCAAAUUAUGAAUUCCAUGAUGAUACUAAAGGAAGUCAUCGUGAUGAUUUGUGAA